ACCUGUUGGGCCCCCGGCAUAUAAUUAUGCGCAUGCUAAUAAUUACCCUCGUCCCGCACCAUCAACUCCUCCCCUACCCCUGUUACCCCCCCCGCCCCCUCCUCCACCUCCCCGUCCUCCUCCUCUUCCUCCCCCUCCUGUGUCAGGCUCCACCGCUAACACCAUCAUGACUGCACCUCAAUCUCAAGCUGCUGCCCCGGCCUCUGCUUCAACGGCCAUUGUCCCAUAUUAUCCGCGUCAGUAUGGCAACCACCAGUCUAGCGCGCUGCAUUGGGGCCACGAGCUUUUGAAUUUGGUGAGGGAAAUAGCGUAUGACAGAUGGGAUGAAAAGGAGAGAAAGAGAAUUGAGGAAGAGAACCGUCAGAAAGAGGAACAGGCAAGAAAAGCCAAAGAGGAAGAGGAGAAGAAGAAAGAGGAUGAGGAGGAGAAGGAGGCGAUCAAGGAGGCCAGGCUAGCUCAGCUCAUCCACGACAAAUUCGACGAUUUAGAUAAAAAGUAUAGUGAAGAGAACAAGAGGAUUUGGGAAAAGGUGGGCCAAGGUGACGUUGGGAAACCCAACGAGAAGUCCAGUGGGGCUCGCAGUGAGAGGCAAGGUGGUACAUUGAGAAUUAACGAUGGAGGCGACAAUCGGAAGAGAGCUCAAGAGGAGAUCGGGGGAAACUCCCCCCAGCCACCCGAGUCAGGAAGACAGAGGCCUAAUGACAGGACGGAGAUGAAUCCACUCGACGCUGGACUGCUGCUCAUGAACCAGAACUCGCUGCAGCGUGCGUUGGAGGCUCAGAACAAGGCUAUCCUCACAAUUGUUGAAGAAAUCAAAGCGCUGAGAGCUUCUGCACCGACACUUGCCGCUGCCGGUGCUGCUGUUGGGCCAUCAUCUGCCCCACCACCGCCCCAGUACUAUCCCCCUAACCCGGUGCAUAAUCCCUCCCCUAAUGUUGCGCAAAGAAACAAUGCGCACCCACGUCCCCCUACUCACACCCACCCUCAUAGGUCGUCUGUUUCUCCUCCCCGGGACCCUCGGCAGGCAUACCGGCCCACACCUCUUCCCAGACCUCGGUCUCCUCCUCGUGCUCCCUCCCCAAUACCUUCUCCCCCGCCUUCUCCCCCGCCCUCUCCACCGCAUGCUAACCCUCCACCCCCCGCAAGGAGACCUCCUGUCACGAAGAUCCUAGCACGAAAUAGGACCCCUGGUCCCAGCCGACCGUUUACACGAAGUGCAGCACAGAGGGGCACUAACGAAGUUGGUCCUUCUACCCCGGUUGGAGACGCACCAAGCAGCAGGCCGUCCGCCAGACUCGUAGACGUGUUCACUUCAAUUGCCGAAGAGGCAGUCAGAAGAGUCUCAGGAUCUUUCUCAGCCAUCGGGACCUCUACUGGCCUUGGCUUUGACAAGGUUCGGGAAGGACCGGAGCCGGAAAACGGAAUGGCGCGGUGGUUCUCGUUUCCUACCUAUUCUAGUGGUCCGAAAAUGCCAAUAGACGUAAAGGAGGGGGUAUCUGUCAUUCUCCCAGAAAAAGGAACGUGGACAGACCUGGAGUCAGCCUACCAAACUGUGAUGCUGGACGAAAAGGACGCGUUCCUCUGGAUAGAGACAAUCUGGACCAAGGUUAGCUUGACGAGACUGUCGCCGAGCGUGAUGGACUUAGAAUUCCGGGGGACGGUGGAAGCCCGAGGGUGGGUCUACCUAUCCCAGGAGAUGGAAAAUGCAAUGGUAAUAGAAUUAGUACUGGGAAUGGCGCCGGAUUCGCUGUUUAGACAAGCGGAACGAGAAGUGGUAUGGGCAGCGUGUCAACGGGUGGAAGUGGAAAUGAAUAAGAUGGAGGUGCGAGUGGAGCUCGGGGAUAGGGGAAACGUGAGACGACCUCUUAGAACGAUGAGGUGCGUGCUACCCCCGUUUCUGGUGGAUGCAGUCUUUGGAACCAGGGGCAGAUUGGAACAAAUAUGCCAGUCGAUGACACACUUGAGGUUGUACCAGUGUGCUCGACAGGACUUCUUUAGUCUGUCGGUAGAAAUGGGGCCGUUCGGAGGGAACUGGGCGGAGGAAUUAGCUGAAGUAUUGAACCUCCUCAGCGCGGACGAUGUCUUUGUACCUAGUUCAGUGCAUUGGCAAAUAAUCUAUCGAAGUGUGGCAGUAGGGGAGACCUUCCUAGAAGGGCUGAAAGGGUUGUUCUUUGAUGGGGAGAAGGACUUCAGUGAUGAUGAGGACGAGGACGAGAUGGAAGAUUGGGACUUCAGAAAAGGGGGGGACUUACCCGGGGAAUGGCAUGUCGGCUAUGUGCAGAUAGGGAACGAUGGCCCGGGAACUCCAGCUGUGGGACUGCAUAAGCUGAAUGUGGUUACGAUCUGGGAUGCGGGAUCACUUCCACAGACCGACCUAUUGGCAGAGUCUCACGCCGGACGAAGCAUUUACUCCCUGAUAGAUUUAUAUUCAGGAUAUGACCAACUACCGCUCGACGCGAGGGAUAGACCGUACACCGCCAUGCUCACCCCUGUAGGUCAGCUGCAAGUGACUCCUAUGGGCUUCACAAAUGCUGUGGCGGAGGCACAGAGGAGGAUGCUUGUGGUCGCAGGGGACAUGUUCCCGGAAAAAUGUGAGCCCUACAUAGAUGACAAUCCCAUAAAAGGCGCGCAGAACAAGGAUGAGACAGAGGUCCAGCCGGGCAUACAAAAGUUCGUUUGGGAUCACCUACAGGAUUUCAAGGACCUACUUCAGCGGUUCCUGGUAUAUAAUAUUACCGCAAGCGGACCUAAAAGCAUACUGGCGGUCCCAGAAGUGACCAUACUGGGGUUUCACUGUGGGGCCUAUGGAAGGAAACCUGACCCGACAAAAACGGAUAAGAUCUCUCAAUGGCCAACGCCGCUGCGCACCACGAUGGAAGUACGAGCCUUCCUAGGGGUGGUUGGAUUCUGGAGAAUUUUUAUCAAAGGCUUUGCCAAGAUAGCUGAACCUAUCCGCGCAAUGAUUAGGGAAGGAGGGACCAUGGAGUGGACUGAGGAUAGAGAGGCGGCAGUCCAGACCCUCAAAGACGUCUUGUCCUCCGGCCAAGUCACCUUGGCAGCGCCCUGCUUCAAUGAUGUAGGACGACCCUUUAUCUUGGAAACAGACGGAGGACCUCUGGCAGUAGGUCGAGUCCUGAUACAGAGGAGCGAGGAAGGUAAGGAGAGGCCUAUCAGAUUUGAGAGCGGGACCCUGAAUUCGGCAGAGCGGCGGUACUCACAAUUCAAGAAAGAGGUCUUAGCCACUCUACAUUGCCUUAAGACUUUUCAGGCAUACCUAUUCGGGAGACGGUUUAUCCUGAGAAUCGAUCCGACCAAUGUUGCAGGGGCAUUAAAGAACUACAAGCCUAUAGACCUGACCGUUGGGAGAUGGAUAGGCUUCAUAUGGCAAUUCGACUACAAGGUCGAGCGAAUUGCGGGGCUCCGAAAUAGGGCGGACGGGCUAAGUCGGGUUAGCAUCACGCCGGAGGGAGUAGAGGAUGCGGAGCCAAUUGACGCCUUCCUAGAGUAUGAAGGGGGGACCCUUGUUGUAGACAACGAGAUGGCAGGCGCCGCUCCUACAAUGGAUCAACUGCUGAUUCGGACCCUGGAAAAGGGCACGCCUGCGAUAAUUGCGGAACUCAGGGAAGGACCAGUCACCACGAUUACGCACAAAGAUGAGAAGGAUUCGUGGGGGGCAACGAUCGGGCUGAAAGAAGAGCUGAUGGCCAUGGCCGUUGAAGGGGGUCGAGAUGUUGUGAUGAAUCUAGUAGAAACUUGGACACGAAGAGAGCGGCACUAUCUAGUGAAUCAGGCUCAGGAGGGGCAAGACACCGAUCAGAAGGGACGAGAAUUCUUCCUUAUACAGAUGUAUGAUGGCAUCUUUAGAUAAAUCGGUCUGCUGCUUAUAGGAAACAAGCAGCCUAUGGAAGUCAGCCUCAAGG